AUGCCAGGAAUAAGCCACAAUAGUCUAUUCAAUGCAAGAGGACUCACUUUGAUUGUGUCCUUUAUCCUUCUUGAUAUCUCUAGCUGCUUUCUGCCCACUAAAGAUUGUGUCCAAUUCCUUAAUGACGUCAGUUACCGGUACCCAUUGCCAAACACAAAGACCAGUGCCCACCGUAGUGGGCGAAUAAAUCAUCACACAUGUCGCUUGGCAGCAAGCAUUUCUUCGGAACAGUAUCAGCACAAGGAUUUCAAACUGACAUAUUUGUACAAGAAGGCAGCCCCUGGAAGAGAAAAGGAUGAUCCAAUAAUUAUGGUUCAUCCCGUCGGUGUGGGUCUUUCAUCUUGGUUCUGGAUUCGUGCUAUGGAGUCCUUUGAAAACAAUCCUCCCAUUUACGCUCCGGAUCUGAUUGGAUGUGGAUUGGAACAUGGUGCAGACCCCUGGGAUCCCGAGAAGGGUGGACUCUUCUUUCCAUUAAGCUGGGUUGAGGGUAUUGAAACACUGAUGCAAGAAGUGGUAGGAGGCGGCACGCAAAAGGCUGGCUGUUUGGUCGUGGUACAAGGCGGAUUGGCACCAGUUGGAAUCAUGCUAGCCGCCAGGAAUCCCGAUACUGUCAAGGCACUCAUGUUGACAUCGCCACCGACACACCAAGAUGUCAUUACUGCGGUCCCACAAGCCGAGCUGCAACGAAACUAUGAGUUACUGAGAUCUCCAAUAUUGGGCAACCUGGCCUUUUUCGUUCUAGAAAACAGAGCCAUUAUUAGAUUCUUUUCGGAUCUCUUUUUGUUCAGCGAGAAAUGCGACAAUAGAUGGUUGGACGAAACCGCCAAGGAAUCCAAAUUUAAACAAGCCCGAACACCGGUACAAGCAUUCAAUGCUGGUUUAUUGCAACAUCGAAGUUUUGAAGCGGAGCUGCAAGAAUCGGUGCAGCCACUUAUGGUGGUGUCUGGCGAUGGAGACAAGCGAACUACCGACCGAGAAGGAUAUCAAUCCUCGAGGAGGGCAAAUCAAAAGCCGUGUACACUGAAAACGAUUGGAGGUACCAAUGUGUUACCUUGGGAAAAUCCUAGCGGUAUCGUCAAAUUGAUACAAGAAAUGGGAUUCUAG